AUGCUUUGUGGGAGCCGCCGGCGGUGGGAGGAACGUGGCCGGCAAGGAUGAUUCAAGCGAUUCUGGUUUUCAACAACCACGGGAAGCCGCGGCUGGUCCGCUUCUACCAGCGUUUCCCAGAAGAAAUUCAACAGCAGAUUGUUCGAGAGACCUUCCAUCUAGUUCUCAAGCGAGAUGACAACAUCUGUAACUUCUUGGAGGGUGGAAGGUAGUACUCAAGUGUCAGGUGGGUACCUGAGCUGCUCACAAAGACACCCAAUUCUGUUUUGGAAGCUGUUGAAUGGUUGUGCUUCAGAUAUUACUCAUUUAGAUGUUUGGUUCCUGGGAGGACGGCAGAAGAAAAGUUUGAUUGGUGGCCCUGAGUACAAACUGAUUUAUCGGCACUAUGCUACACUCUACUUUGUGUUUUGUGUGGAUUCAUCAGAGAGUGAACUUGGAAUCUUGGACCUCAUCCAGGUUUUUGUGGAGACCCUGGAUAAGUGUUUUGAAAAUGUUUGUGAAUUGGAUUUGAUCUUCCAUAUGGAUAAGGUGCACUACAUCCUUCAGGAGGUGGUGAUGGGUGGGAUGGUGUUGGAAACCAACAUGAAUGAAAUCGUGGCUCAGAUUGAAGCUCAAAACAGGCUGGAGAAAUCCGAGGGUGGCCUUUCAGCAGCCCCUGCCCGGGCCGUGUCUGCUGUGAAAAACAUCAAUCUGCCGGAGAUUCCUCGGAACAUCAACAUUGGUGAUCUCAACAUCAAAGUCCCCAACCUGUCCCAGUUUGUCUGAGGGCCCGUGGCUACUGAACUGCAGUCCUUGAAGCAAGCCAAGCCAGUCCUGCCACAGAGCCCACUCUGAGCCUUAGAAGGGUCAGGCCCCGGGCCCUGCCCCCUGCUGCCGUGGUGUUGGGGGUGGGGAGGCGUCCCAGGUUCACGGCUAGCGUGGGCUUGGUUCUCACAUAUGCCGCCUGCCGGCUUCUGAUACAUGCGGCCACUGCAGAUGUGGGGGGGGGGGUCCCCGGCUUCCUCCGUGGGGGUCCACGUGCCCGAGCCACUCGUACCUUUACUUCCCGCAUGUAGCCACUCCCAGGGACUGGGCACUGUCUGGGGACCCACCUGCUUCCUAGAACCCACCACUAGGACAUUCUCUGCCUAGAGUCUUCAUCCUUAGCACCGCCAUGCUUCUGAGGUCCUAUAGCAUUCACUCUUGCUGACGAGGUGCCAUAGCUAGAACAGGGCUGACCCUUCAGAUUAGGGUAUGUGGUGAAUGGCAAACAAGGGCAGAGUUUGAUGAGAACCAGAAUUGCCUCCUGCCUCUACUAGGGUUGUCAUGCCCAGAGUCCUUUCGUCUAGGCAAGUUUUCUGGUUCCCACCACCUACGGAAUAUGUUUCCCUCACUGCCACAGUCCUAGCUCUGUUUGCACGGGACUUGACCCAGAUCAUGAACCUGAUACAUGCUGGUAGGGAGAGCACCCGCUUCCCCACGGCUGUUUCUCCAGCUCAGCCACAAGGUCCCUCAUCAAAGGGGAGAAGCCCUGCAUCUGUGGAAGGCAAAGCUGACAACAUGUGGACUAUCUCAGAAUUAUGACUCUUUCCAGGUUUAAAUACAUUCUUCUCAUGAGGAGCAGAUGGGUCA